UAUAGUAUUAUUAUUAGUUGCAAUAUAAAACUCCUUUGUUUUUAUCAUCAUAAUCAUGUUGUAUAGGGUGACAAUCUGUUAUAAAUGUCUCGGUUAUUUAGUAUUUCAUUUGUUUCCUGGUUGACCAGCUGGUUUUGAUUAUAAUUUGAGUUUAAGGCUUGUGAAUUAUUCUGUCAGUUAUUGGACAUACAGACUCCUCUUGCUGUUGGCUGGGAGGCUUCUGUUAAUCUCAGUUCUCUUCACAUUCACAGUUACAGUCAGAUCCCACAAAAUCUUCUGUAUUCAGACCUCCUCCUCCAAUUCAGUAGAAUACAUAUGUAAUUCCACUUAUCGCUGUCUGUGUGAGAUAAACGAAAAUAAACUGUUUAGGGCUGGUAAAAUAUGUUUGGUUUUUUUUUUUGUUCGAGAAAGAGGGAAAUAAUGAUACAUGAAAGUUUCUUUUUGCAAAGUAGCUGCCUAUAUUGCCAUAAUUAUUCAUGAACUGGUCAACUUUAAAUAGAACCGUGCUAUAAGGAUCAAAGUCGCAUACAGGUGUGCAAAUAAUAAACUGACGCAAUGUGAGAGUCAACACGUAUUUAUUUAUAUUUCACAGUUCACUAGGCUAAUGUGACACUUUGAUUUUACCCAUUUAUUAAUCUCGGAUAAUGAUGUUUUUUUUUUCUAUAAUGUGUUGCAUAUGUCCCAAAUGUGAAGUUCUUCAGUGUUUAUAAGAGAACCUGGACAAACCACAUAGACACAUUUCAAAUGAGUCUACCGUUUAAGGAUUUUUCUUCAUCAUCACCAUCAUCUUCUUUUUCUUCUUCUUCUUCUUUUUAAAAAUGUUUGUGGGGAAAAGCACUCUGGUCAUAUCCGGAUAGUAUGCAAUGUUAAAACAUGUUAGUAAAUGUAUCAGUUCACAUCUAAAGCCCGAAAUGAGAAGCUCGAAGGCUACAGGUCGAAUGUGUUGCUUAGCAUAAAACCAAAUAAAGGUGUAUAGUUUGCUGAACAGAAAGAGUUGUCUAAUCUCUCCAGCCUCAGCUUUCUCUCCAUUUCGCUGAUUACAAAUGAAACUUGUCCUCUCAGGUAACCACGCCCCCCGACUCUGAAAGCUAACUCCUAUAGGCUGGGAGCGGUGAAGCUGUCGGUAAAAAAAUAAUAAUAAAAAAAAAAAGCUCCAUGGCGCACGGCACCCUUAUAAAUGCCUACAAAUCUCCAGCAGUUCAUCCAAACCACUUGCUGCUGUCGGGUGUCGCGUGUUUACAAAGGAAAGCGGUGAGAGCAGCGCGCGCUUGGUCUGACACAGACAGCCGUGGGAUUUUAUCCAGUGCUGGGACAGGACAUGAUGAACUCCGUGGACGCGCAGCUCCACCACAGUUCUGCCCCAGCCGCGAGUCCUCUCCAGCCCAAGAGCGCGCACGACGCGCCGGAGAUGGCUGUGUACUGCGACAACUUCGUUUAUCACCAGCAGAGUGUAGCGAGCGCGCAAAGGCCAGCUGGGUACGGCCUCGGCGAGUACGCGUCUACACCAAACCCUUACCUAUGGCUCAACGGUCCCGGAGUCAAUUCCUCUCCAUCAUACUUACACGGAAACAGCAGCCCGUCGUUCAUCGCACCGUCUUACGGCUCCCAGAGGCAGUACCUCGCCAACUCGCCCGGGUUCGCGGGUCCUGACCUCGGCUGGCUCUCCAUCGCAAGUCAGGAGGAGCUGCUGAAGCUCGUGCGCCCACCUUACUCCUACUCUGCGCUCAUCGCCAUGGCUAUCCAAAACGCGCACGAGAAAAAGCUCACAUUGAGCCAAAUCUACCAGUACGUGGCGGACAAUUUCCCGUUUUAUAAGAAGAGCAAAGCGGGCUGGCAGAACUCCAUCAGGCACAACCUCUCCCUGAACGACUGCUUUAAGAAAGUUCCGCGCGACGAGGAUGAUCCAGGAAAAGGAAACUAUUGGACUUUGGACCCCAACUGUGAAAAAAUGUUUGACAACGGAAACUUCCGCCGAAAAAGAAAGCGCAGGUCAGAAGCGGGCACCGGGGUUUCCGGUGGUACCAAAGCCGAGGAUGGCAGGCAUAUUGCAGGUGUGAAGUCCUCUGAGAGCGCGCACCUGGGCGGGGGCGUGUCUCCGGAAAUAGACACAGAAGCCAAUGAGAGCCACCGAAGCGCGUCUCCAACGGCUCCUGCGUCAGCACCUUGCUUCAACAGCUUCUUCAGCACCAUGUCCGGAAUGAGCUCGGCCCCGGGUCCGGCCGUUAGACAGGGCUCCCUGGGGCUAAUCAGCGAGCUGUCCAGUCGGAACAUAAGCGCACUAAGCCCGUAUCACGGUGCGUCUGCGACCGACGCUGCGCCGCACGGGGAGCAAAACGACCACACCGUGCACGCGAACCGGCCCACGUAUUCAAGCGCGUUCGGUGGCGCUCAAAAUGCGCAGUACAACGGCCACUUCUACAACAGCUUCAGCGUGAACAGUCUCAUAUACCCCAGAGAGGGCACGGAGUUAUAA